UAUCUAACAGUCUGAUAUCACGGAUGCCCAAAGGACUAUUCUCAUCCCUCUCCUCAGGACCUGAAGCGGUUACUUCCCCCUCAGCCUCCCUUCGUCUUCCUCAUGUUGGAGUGGCCAUGGGAUCCAAGGCAUCAAUUCCCACAGCAAGGAUGGGAAUCCCAAAUUCUUCCCAUCUCAGUUCUGGUGACAUCCCAAACGAAUCCAGGGGCCUCCUUCUGCACCUCUGCCUGUCUCUGGCCCUCCAUCUGAGGAGCUGGCCAUUGGGAAGAGGACUUUCUCUCUUUCCCAGCCUCUUUCCUAACCCUAACCCUUUCCCUCUUGUCCCUUUUCUCUCUCUUUCUCUCUCUCCUCACAGGGAAGGUUUCCUAGGGGGUUGGUGGGAAUGUCUGAGGGCCACCUCACAAGCAGGGAAUUUCCAGCAUACCCCUCUUCCAGUUUUGGGAGCUAGCUUGGGGUCCUGGGACUUCCUCCGUUCUUCUUCCUCAACUCUUUCUUCCCACAUAGAGUCCUUCUAGACGUCUUACUUUUCUUGCACCACCUUUUGCUGCUCCUUACAACCUUUGCUUUGAUCUUCCUCUUCUCCCACCUUUCUUUUCCCCCCUUUUACCUUGUCCACCCUCUCCCUUCCUGGAUCCCCUUUUCCCACACAGCUGGUGUGGAUUGUCUCUUUUGUCUUGGUGGGAUUUUGUUUGUUAGUUCUUUCACCUCCACUGUCACUGUUGUCGUUUCAUAACCCUCAGCUGUUAUGGGUGGGGAAAGGCACACCCGCAGGGGGAUUCACCACCUUGUCCCCUUCACACUGUGGGAUUAUACAAUCAUGCUUCGAGUUGGAGCACCCAAAGGGACAAACUAUUAGUAACCAACACUAAUGACAUUUCUGGAUUCUUGUUGUGUAUGUGCAGAAGGACACAAUUGCAUAAAACUCCUUAGGCAGGCAAAAGGGAAUUAGAUAAACCAUCUGUAAACAGUAAUCUUAGGCAAGGUGUACAGUGCCUGUGGUUUCCUGUAAGGGAAACAAAAGCUGUCCUUGGUUUGCGGUUGUGCUUCUUUGCAUGAGGCACGAUCUGGACCUCCCUCCCCUCACCCUCUCCAAUAGUCUCCAGGAAAUGGGAAGCUGGGUAUCUUUGGAGAUUAUGGUUGCUCCCUUUGUCACUUGGAACAAUGGUGGGAAAUCUUCAGCCUGCUCUUCAAGAUAAGCCACCUUGAUGUUCCCAUCGAGCACAGAGAGAGUAGGAGACGAAGCAGAAGUGUUCAGUUGUGAAGAGGGACCAAGAAGAGAUGGAUUUGGACCUUGGUUGGUGUGUUUUUGCUGCCUUGCUCUGGUGUUCUGCCUGGAUGGAAGCAACAGAUGUUCCCAGCACAUGCCCAGAGGUGAAGAUUGUGGGUCUUUCUGGCAAUGAGAAGCUGGCCGUCCUUCAAGGGUGCCCUGGCUUUCCAGGAGCAGCAGGGAGCCCUGGAGAAAAAGGAGCACCCGGGGUGCAGGGCCUAAAAGGAGAUAUGGGGCCGCCUGGGAAACCGGGACCCAAAGGAGAAAAAGGUGAUGCAGCAGACCGCCUUUCUCUUUGCCAAACUGGGCCAAGGAACUGCAAGGAGCUGCUGAGCAAGGGGGAGUUCCUGAGCGGCUGGCACACCAUCUAUCUACCGGACUGCCAGCCGCUAAGGGUCUUUUGUGACAUGGACACCGACGGAGGAGGAUGGCUGGUGUUUCAGAGACGACUCGAUGGUUCUGUUGACUUCUAUCGCACCUGGACGACCUACCAGAAAGGCUUUGGAAACCAGCUGUCAGAAUUCUGGCUGGGCAAUGAGAACAUUCAUCUUCUCACCCGUGAAGGAGAGCACCAGCUCCGAGUGGACUUGGUGGACUUUGAAGGCAAGAAGACCUUUGCACAUUAUCAGUCCUUCCAACUCAAGGGAGAAAAUGAGAACUAUCAGCUAGUCCUUGGGCAAUUCCUGGGUGGAUCAGCAGGUGACUCUCUGUCGGCGCAUAACGGGCACCCUUUUUCGACUCAUGACAGCGACAAUGAUAGCGGGACACAGAACUGUGCUAUCACUGUGCAUGGAGCCUGGUGGUAUACGAAUUGCUAUCAUUCCAAUUUGAAUGGAGGUUACCCAAUUGGCAGUCGGAAGGGGCAGUCGUAUGGCAUUGAUUGGGCAUCUGGCAAGGGGGUUGGGGUCUCCUACAAGCGCACAGAAAUGAAGAUCCGUUAAACGGAUCCUAUGGAGCUUCUGUGGAGUAAAAAAAUAAAUGACAAACAGAAACAAACAAGCAUGUGUUUUUAACUGCAGAAACAAUUCCGCUUCUGAAAUGCUUUUGUGUAUUUUGAAAAGGUGACAGAAAGAAGAUUCAGGAGUUCAAAAUUAAUUGCCCUGUCUAGCAAAGAUAGAUGAGAAGGAACAGAUUCCCAGCAAAAAUCAGUAGCAACAAUUAUAAUAAUCCAUCGUCCUUCUCAAAAAUGUUUUUAUUAAUUCAACCAAACAUUCAAUAAUGGAAACCAAAGAGAGGGAAAUACUGAAUGAACUCUUGGAUCCUGAGGCUGUGGGCCUUGCUGUUUUGGCUAAAGACAAAGCUAUUGGCUGAGAUGGUAGAUGAAGAAAAAGCCAUUCAGAAUAAGUUGCUCCACAAAAAUGAUCGAAUCUUGUCAUUUCUGAAAGCAUUUCUUCAACUUUUUGUACACAUUCAUUAAAGGAUCCGAUUUCCUAAGGAGAAGAGAAGUGGGGGUUCAGGAAUAAGUGUAGACAGAAAGCCUGGUAAGAACUGUGCUCAUUUGGAGAAGGAACGGAUGCUCUGGAUUAGUCUUGUGUGGUUGCUUUUUUAAUUGUCUACACACAGGUGGCAUCAGAAUUGUACAGUAUGGGUGAGGACUAUCCUUUUUCAGUACUGGACUUUUUAACUCUUUAUCAAGAACGUCUGUCCUUAAAUAGAAAAAUAAAUACUGUAAAACUCUGGUAAGUUGUCCCACAUACUCCUAACAAAACCUGUCCACGAUCUGAGUCAAAACUCAUCCAAAGCAAUCUGAAGUGCAUUCUUGCGCAAUCUGUAAACUGCUUCACAGUUCCUAAUGAUCCUGUUUGGUUUAUGCAUCCACAUGUCCAAGGUCUUUUAUUCUAGGAUGUUCCAAUGCCUCUGACUACAAGGCACAAGGCAAGGAUUUUUUUAAAAAAAUCAAAUCUAAGUGAUUAAGUGCAUCAGCAAUGGUCUAGCAUAGGUGAAAAUAAUAAUUUUACUUUUGAUUGGAUGGUUUAGUAAGGUUGCAAGCAAUAUGAUGCCUCUUCGCAGCACCGUUCUCUGACAACUGUUGGAGCCAUUUGCCAUCUUCUCACUUUUGUGCAUUGCCUAGUUUGGCACACAAAUGCACUCACGCGUGCGCAUGCGUGCACUCACACGCACACACGCACACACACACACUGACAUGCACAGCAGUUAGGAGGAAAAGAGAAUCCACCAACUUCAUUCCCUGUGUUUUUCCCCUCCUCUCUGUCAUGUUUGUGUUCCCUCCCCCUUUUUACUCCCUUUUUC